AUGGAAUUCGUCGGCAAGAAAUACAAGAUGGUCUCUUCGGAGAACUUCGACGAGUUCAUGAAGGCUAUCGAAAAACCUGCCGUGACCUACCUAUAUGUACCCAACACCAUGCAGUUUAUACAUGCCAUAUACCGCAAUGAAUAA